AAUAACCUCGAAACUUCGUUAUUGUUUCCGUGAGAAUUCAAUCCUGUGUGUGCCGGGCAAAUGGUAAAGGAAUAUGAUCUCAUAUUCAUAUCACGUUUUUAUAGUUGGGCAUCUCGAGAUUUUGAGACGACUUUCUCUUUCUUCAUCAUCUAUCGAUUCCACACUGAAUCCGGGUGUUUCUCUCAUCCUGCAUAUCCAGCAAGUGCACCCGAUUUGCACAUCCUCCAAACUAGACAUGUGUAAGAUCCGUCGGACCACUUUUGACAGAUGCGAUAUUAUGCCAUGCCCUACGUCGUCAACUCGCUCUCCUUUUCCCUUUAUGUAAUCUUCAUUUCAUUUCAUUAUCGAGACAAAAUCGUCUUUUUGAAAUCAUUACCCUUUUGUUUAUCAUUGUGUUCAACCGUUUAUUGUUCCUGAUUUCAUUUGCACCAUGCAUCCGUGCCAUGCAUCAGAGUCUGCUGUCUAUUCAUACCUUAAUUUAAUCCUAAGUUUCUGAAAUUGUAUAAAUCAUUUCAAACUAACGAAUAGAGUGCCUAAUUAACCUUGUUGUUGGGAGCAAGGAGUUUGUUGCAUUGUGAUCACUGCGUAAGGGGCUAAGAGAUGGGGACAAGGGCUGCAGCAUUCACGGCAAAGAUCCGCAACCUUCACGAUUAUCAUUCCAGGUUGACCAACGGGGUGAUGCCUCUUCCCACAGGGCUCGACAUAAGCAACACCCUCAAAUACUUCUCUCAAACUUUGUUAGUGGUACUUAAAGACGUUCCCUCUUUUCCGUUGGAAAUGCUAAAGUCUCGUUCAGAGGAUGCAGCCAGAAUGCAACUUUUUCCUAACUUGGACUAUAAAUCCUUAUUCGCCGUAGUUGUUCAACUAAUUGACGCCGCACCCGUAAUUACGUUUGGAAUUCAAACGUUUGGUCAGCACAUUCUGCAAACGAUUGCUUGCCUUCUCCCUUUUUUGGAGCAUGACCAAAUCGACACCCUUCCAUACAUCGUGACAGCCUCAUUGGGAACGUUCCCGACAUCACUGCAUCGAGAAAUUUUGGACCUCUUAUGCUACUAUCUCUUCCCAUUUACGAUUUUCAAAACGGAUGAAAAUCCAGAGAAAGCGAUUUACUCAACACAAUCGGUCAGUGCAGUUUUGAUGAUGGUUUUCCAAUACACGAGUGGGUCAGAAUACCAUUGUCAAAUUCUGGAAGCUGUGAUGAGAUACAAACGGGAUGCGAUAAAGGAUUUGCUUUGCGUCGUGGCGUACGGAAGUUUGGUUGCGAGAAACGUCGCCAUCAACUUAUUGGUCUACUAUUGGCCUCACCACAAUCCAACCCUUUACGACAGGAGAAACAUUACCUUCAAAUUUGGAUACAAGGUUCCAACGUGCAAGAGUGAAAUGUGUAGCGUGCACAAUACUGGGGGAUUAGCCGAUGCCACCAAAGUCUGCUAUGACCACUCCAUUGGAAUUUCCCUUGCCCCGGAGAAUCCUCCACCAUUAUUCUUAUGCCAAGAAUGUGCAAGUCGACUUCAGAGUGAGCAAGCAAAUGCCAUUGAACACUUGUAUGACGUCAAUUUACCCAUUAGCAGAACCGGAACGACGUGUGACAAUAAGAAUUGCAGGUCUCAAGGUCCCGAAAAGAUCAUGAAUGGUGUGAUUUGUUUUAACUCCGAAUGCGCAAGCUACAAUGGAAGUCGACCCAUUAGAUAUUGCCAACAGUGUCACUCUAUCCGACAUAAUAAUAGGAGAGGAGCUGACCACGUCUUUCAUUUGGCGGUACAAUCUCCAAGUUAUGCAGACACGGAGUUACUAACUUAUCAUGUCGAAGCAAUUGUGAGCCUACUUCUGGAAGCUGAGCCUUUGGCAACUCGUGGAGGUGCGAAAGAAGAUCAUAACACCAGACUGCGGCUUUUUACCGACGGGGAAUUUACGGACCCAAUUCCUGUAGAAGAACGACGACUAAUGGGAAGGUUUGGAAUUUGGCUGCUCGUCGGGUUCUUUAAUGCAGAGGAAGAAAUUUCAAAGGAUAUUUUGUGCCGGUUAUUGUCGUCGUUGUUCCAAUGGUUUAAUACUACGGCUUAUCUUGGCGAUGAUCCAUCUGCAGGUGCUCUAGAACGUUUAAAAACAGAUGUGGUGUGUCCAUGGCUAAAGAAGAUUAUCAAACAUAAUUUUGACACCUUCGUCACGUGUUUACUUCCACAUCCCCCGGAUUUUGCUAGAGUUGGUGGUCACUGGGAUGUAAUUUCAUCUCGUACAUUUCACCUACGUGAAGGUUUCAAUCGGCUAUUCUGUCUUGUUCCGUACGAGGUAAUAUCUCCUGAAAUAUGGAGUCAAAUAAUGCCAAACUGGAUGGAAUCAAUGGCUUCAGAAGUCCCAGAAGAAGAAAUGGCAGAGUUGAAAAUAAUUUUGAGCAAAGUGAUGGAUCCCGAAAUGAACCCGUUGGGUUUCGACGCCAGGCAAAUGUACCAAUUUAUUGCUGUCAGAUUUCAUCAGACUUCACACAAAGUCAAAGAACAAGCUUUGAGAUGGCUACAGGUCCUAUCCAAAUUGGAAAUUGUAAUUCCACUCUACUUUAUAUUUUCCAUCUUCCGUGAAGGCAUUCGGCCAAAGUCUGAAAAAGUUCCAAAGCGUGGUAGUGUUUCAACGCAGUCCAGGGACAACGAAAAUGCGUCCAAAGAUGUUAUCGGUAUAUCUGCCAUUUGCCAGGACGAGUCGCCAAAUGCAUCAUCUCUGUCGGACGAUGAGGAUAACUUUACUCUGCACACUGAAAAACAAACGGAAAGCGAACUCAUGCUGUCCUCAUUUAUUUUCAUGUUGGAUAUCAUUUUAAAACAGUUGGAACUUCAGGAAGUGGAGCAGCACAAAGGUCUUCAGUCCCUGGUUGCAAAAGAUGCAAUGACACUGUUGCACAACAUGGUGGCAAUGCCAUGGCCUGGAACACACACAUGCCAAGACGGUCAGGAAUGUCAGUAUUGUGGUUUCUGUGUUUUUUGGUAUCAGUUGGCGUUAGAAAUUGUGGAAAAAUUAGCUCCAAAGGCUUCAGCAAUUCCACCAGAUGCGAUGAUGAGUCCAGAUGGAGAAUUCGGUUCAAAGUCCUUCCCAGAAGUCCCCCAAAAACUGGAAGUAAAACCGGAAAUGAAGCCGUCCAUUUCCCCCAAAUCCGAAAGUAUGGGUCUGGAAGGAAUCAUUGUUAAUAUGCCGCAAAUUUUAACGGCAACGGUUGAGACUUGUUCUGACAUGGAUUUGGCACCCAUCAUGCCAUCCGAGAAGGUGGUGAAAGCAGUUGCGAGAGCGGUCACAAUAACAGAGUCAGAAACGGCAUCUGCAACCGCACACAUCGCCUCGUCCGCAACGCUUGUUGGAGAUGAACAAGUAAUUGGAGGGGAUCUGAGUGGUGAAUCGGACAAGGAUUUUUGGAUUACGAGCGUUGGAAAAUUCAAAUUUUGUAUUGAAGAACUUCCGCCCUAUUUGCAAUUUACUUUUGAAUUGUUAAAGAAAAUCCCCGAGAUUGAGGACCCAGAGUUGAUGGAAUACCUUUUAAAAUGUUUAAAAAUCAUGUUUCUUCAUGAGGAGGUGAUGCAAAAGGCUGCAAAGGAACAUCGUGGCUUUGUCAUUUGGUGCCAAGAAAAUUUACUUAUUAAAAAUUUGUGGGAACUGAUGGAUGCAGAGUUCAGCCAGUUGUGCGAACAUGCAGUACCGAUUUUGGUACAUUGUAUUACGCUUCCUGUUGGAGCGGACACGUUUUGGAAGCAAAUUGAAGAAGAUUUCCAAAGUACAGAUUGGAGACACCGUUUUACGGCAGUCGAACGUGUGGUCACCAUUACCAGAUUUAUAGAUUCGUACCCAGUAAAGAGCAGCCAAGCUUUGCAGACAGCAAUGGCUAAUGCCUUUUGUUACACAAUCUCGUCUCUGGACGACCCCCAUGUUUCAGUGGCUCAAAGGGCAGCUUUGUACCUCGGCACUAUAAAUGAUUCAGCGUUGCAGAGUUUGAUGUAUUGUUUGGAAUCACAAUUUGACUCGGUAAUCAUUGAUCGUCCGGUAAUCCUACAAUCGCUCUACCUCCUCAUAAACUCUGUUAGUGACCGGAAAAUUUUGCGUUGGGACUUUUUCUUAAAUUGUUUCGACACCUUGUUCAUAGAAGCUCAAAUUACACUAGAGAGAAUGGGUGACGUUUCCUACUCCAAAGACGCGAGGCACAUUGACUCUAGUUUUGACCAUUUUAUUAAAAAACUUGGUAGAGUUCAGGAUUCUCUAAGUAAAGGCGAAUCAAACCACGGGCAUAAAACAUUAUACUCGAGCAUUGGAACUAAAUGGCCGUACAAAAGAACCAUGUCUGCUCCUGCAGGGUUCCAGAAAAAUGAAAAAGAUCGACAAUAUUGCAGACAAUCCUCUGCACCUGCGUUGAAACGGAAAGGGUCGCGUCAUGGCGUUGAGGGUCAUAUUCAUGGGCUGCUUGCUGGGGAAGAUAGCCACUUGGCUGGGAUUUUUCACAGAAUUGUGGAGGUAGAAGAAUCCGACAAGGAAACAAUUCACCUACUCGUGUUCUUGUUUAUGCAAUUUUUGUCCCGAUAUAACCGUGGGCCAAUUCCAAGUGAAAAUAAAUCACUAGCAAGGACACAAACAGCCGUUUUACGGCAUGUCACAAUGUUGUUGGGAUACAAUCCACAAGAAAAGGCAUUUUUCCUUACACCCAGCCGGGUCAGAUCAUCAGCCAUAUUUAACUCUUGGAUUUCAAAUCUUCCUCAGGUUGUAGAUCAAAACUUCCGAGUGGGAGCAACUAUGCUACCAAUUUCAUUGACUGUGUUACACUACUGCCCAGCACCAAAUAAAAGUGCUGGGUCAAGAAUGCACCCUUCAUUUUCGCUUUGGUUUCUUGAACCACAUGUUCGCAGACAUUGGUUGAUUUCCUUGAUUGUAAUACUUUAUAAGUACGAGUAUGGCGUUCUUCCAUUAUCCAGCCAGGUUCAGACCGUAAUCAGAAUAGUUCUCAAUACCCUCAACUACCAAGAGCAUCGAUGUCGACCGCUUCCAUCCACACUUAUACUAGACGAGCCAAAUGCUCGCUCCAGAGAAGUAAGCAGAGGAAAUCUUGCGAAUGCUGACCUCGAGCACAUCACAGAGCAUGAAACACCUCCAACAACUCCACAUAGUACUCAGAACGUAUCCCCAAGUUUCAGCCUUAAGAAAGAACACAGGAAAAGUGUUGGGAGCAUUACGAGCACAAAAUUUGUAAAGAAACCAACCACGUCGACCACCGCACCGACUCCUGGAGUAACCGACUCUUUUGAAAUAAUGUCGUCACAGGAUGAUGGAGAUGAAAUUGAACCAGAACUUGCGGCGAUACCAGAGUCGCCAAAAUCACAUGGUUCUGGUGAAAUGAAAUCUUUCCACGACCUCGUUGUGAUUGACAGCAGUGCUGCACAAAUUGUUCAAUCGUCCGUUCACCAAGACAAAGAAUUCCAAACUGUCGAUCAGCUCCAAUCUUUUCAGCAGGUCACGGUGCACGGAGAUAGUCCAAAGUUAGUCGACCCUGGUCCACUCUCUGCCUCUUCGGAUAAAUCAAAGUCUUGGUUUCACGGGGAUGGAGGGGAUUCGAAAUCGUCGUCCUCUGGAGCAAGUACAAGCAGUAAAAGUGGUGGUGGUGGUGGUGUGGCAUCGGCGUUGGUCAAGGCGGAUUUUCCUUGGCAUCUUAGUGUCCAAGCUGCUUUCCAAAUAGCAAAGAUUCCAGCUCCACCACUGGAAAGACUUUUACCCAUCGGGGCAUUCAACUUACCACCACUUUCUCCCACGGUGAAGAUGACGGGCAGAGUUAGCGAGUACGAUAACUCGUACGAAUCUCAGGAAUCGUCGAUGGCUUUAGGAAACAUGAUUUCUUUGGGACCGCAGGUUCGAGUGGAUGAAAGUGCAAUGGACCGAAAUCCAGGACGAGACCAGUAUGAUGACAAAAAUUACAAAAUGGAAGAAUACUCAAAAGCUCUGCAUCAGAGUGAUAGUUUUGGGAGAAGCAUGUCACCCAAGAAAUUAGUAAAGCAACCGCAUGUUAGUGAAACCGUAGACGGAUCUAACAACGCUACAUUUAAAGGGGACGCAAACGGGGGCUCCAAGCAAAUACAUGAUGCGUCUAAAUCUGUGGGAUUUGUUCCUCGUUUGGAAUCUGGUCAUGCUCGUAUGCACAACUUGCGUCAAAGCAGUCUCCGAAUUGGGGACGAGACUGUUCAAGACCGAUGUGGCGAAUGUGGCGUUGUUCUUGAAACAUAUACAAAUGAGGAACUUGGUUUAUGUCUGGUUGCUCUUGAAACGUUCAUUCAUCGUGAACCUGGAUUAGCUGCACCACUGAUGCCAGAAAUACUCAAAAUUGUCACGAGGAUUGCGCUACGACCAUUAUUUGCCUGGCAAGCGGAAACCUCGGCUGCCACACCUGGAGGAGUCUCCAGUGUUGCUCAUCAAUUCUUACGAUGUGUUCUUCACCAAUUGGCCCCUUACGGCGUGUUUGUCCAAUUGUUUCAAACAAAAUUUCCAGAUCGUGUAAAAUUAGAUGUCUUCAAGUCUAUAACUGUUUCACUUACGGACUUUACUGAACUCAAUCCUGUGGCUCCUCUGCAAAUGUUGUUGGAAGCCCUUAAUGCCCGAAAAUCUUUGAUAAUGGAUACUGUCGCCCAUGUAAUUGAAAAUAUGGCCGUGUAUCUCGAAUGUCUUCCGCUGGAAGCUGCGUCAGUUACUUGGACUUCCGUAAUUCCACUGUUUGAGGCAUUUCUGAGGAAAAUACUCCCUCUAAUUCAAGGUGGAACCGGAGUGGUAGGCAUUUUGCGUACGAUGGCUUGCCUUUUGCGAUUACCUGGAAUUGCUGCAUUCAAGAGCAUCUUGGAUCCCUUCUCAAGAAUAUUAAGUUUUGCUCUGGGAAAUGUUGGCCUAAGACAUCACGUGCUGACGGAUCUUUGUCAUCUAUGCCAUCGUGGGUUCUUGAGAGAACGAGAAAAAAUGUUUUUGACUCGCGUUUCCGUCAUCGAACUUGUUCAAGCCAUGAAGUUCAAGUCUAAUAUACCAGAUUGUAAUUUUUUGAUGUUGGUAACGUUUAUUCUGCAGGAUGCUGGUGGAUCUCUUGCUCCUUAUGUGGAAGGAUACACAAAACUCCAAGGAUCUGGUGACCCUGUUUCACUCCCUGCAACGGGAGCUGCAGAAUGCAUGCGUCAACAUUUGACGGAUUCUCUCGAGUUUUUGGCCGAUUUUCAUUCUUUGAGCAAAAUUAAGAGCAAUUAUAAGGGAAUCGGAUGUGGACUAAAUGAUGACACUCUUGGAGGGGUCAUCAAAGGAGGAAUUUCGCAAUUCAUUGCGCUUGAGAUUUCUCGAGGCAACAGCAGAGAAAAUCGAGCAAUCGGUAGGCAUCUUCCAUGGCUGUACAACGCUCCUUCUGCAAUUCAGCAAGGACCAAAGGAAUUUCUGGAUUGCGUAGCACACAUUCGAGUCUUGUCCUGGUUGUUGCUUGGAUCUUUGACUCACACGUCCAUGUUUGGACAAAAUACGACCGUAACUUGUGUGCCAAUUCCGCUAGAAGCCUCGUGUCACGUGGCUGACCACGUUCACGUAAUUAUGACAGGAUUCGCGGAACAGUCAAAGGCAUCUGUGCUGCAUAUGUCGGCACUUUUCCAUGCCUUCAUCCUCUGUCAGGUUUGGACAAUUUACUUGGAACAAGUUGGUCCUUCUGCCCAAUUGUCGAGUUCUAAUGAUCCGGCUAAUGUGGCAUCAAAUAUUUUAACUGACUUUUGGGGAAAAGUUACUCCAGCCAUUCUUCAACUGAUCUCACAUUCAAAAGUGUUGGCAGAAAUGGUUAAUCUCCAUUUUCUCAGCUUGUUAGAAUCUCUGUUGGAAUGUAAUUCAUCCGUUUUUAAUCGUCUUCUACCACUUUGGAGUCCUGUGCUGUUUGCACAUUCUAGUCAGCUGCCAUCUCAUGUAAACGUGAGGCUUCAGGCGUGCAUGGGUUAUCCACCUCCAAAUACUGGUCGGAAAGACGGUGGGGGUGUAGGAGGAGGAGGCCAUACUUCUCAUGAAAUCGAGUUCCCGUCCCCACAUUGUGGCCCCGUGCACAACUUGUUACUCCUAAAAUGGGUGCAACGGCUUCAAUUUAAAAUGGCUCAGAUCGAACUCCAGUCAUCUGCAGCAACCCAGUUCUAUCCGUUGUAAAUCAUUUAAGUGCAGCGAUUAUAACAAUCAGUAUUAUGUAUGUAUUAUAAAUAGUAUUUAGUUGCUGUAUUCGGUGCUAAAAUGGAAAUAAAUAAAAAUAGCUCAUGGAAUA